AUGGAGUCUCAGAACUUUGGGCACAUGCAUACAAUGGUGUUCAACGAGGAGAGGGGCAAUGAAACCAAAGAAGCUCAUUGCGGCAUAUGUGUAGAGAUGGUGUCCGGUCCAUGCUUCAUCUGUGCCGAAUGUGGAUUUUCACCCUCUUACUUGCAUAUCAAAUGUGCUUUAUUUACCCUAAGCAUAGCCGGAAAGAAACCUGAAGAGCUUAAACACAUAGCCACCAUUGAUCCACCAGUGCUCCCGGGAGAGGGUAACAAAUCAUCUGAAAACUAUGUCUUUUUUGGGUGUCAGGAACCAUUAGGAGAGUCUACCUACAUUUCUAGUGAUUGUGGGUUCAACCUACACAAGAAAUGUGCCCAACUACCCCAUGAAAUCAACCAUCCCUUUCACAAACAACACCACCUUGUUCUACAGUUUAACGGUGAACGUUCCUCCUGUAACAUAUGCCAACAGACACGAGAUAGGAGAUUUCUUUAUUGUUGUUCACCGUGUAAGUUUGCUCUUCACAUUAAAUGUGCGGAGUUACCUUCUAAAAUCAGUAGCCCCUCCCAUCGUAGGCACCCUCUUGUUUUACAGUCCAACCAUGAAAAUAUACCUUGCAAGUGUGCAAUGAGAGAAGGCUGGUACGUUGUAAUUGAGGCAAAAAAUUUAGAUGAGGAACUUGAUGAUGAUUUGGCAUCCAUUAAUCCCAUCACUCGUGUCAUUGAGCUAAAUGAGGCUGGGGAAAUGACCAGAAUAAAACAUUUCAGUCAUGCACAUGAUCUGAUAUUAAGUGACAAUUUCAUGGAUAAUGAUAAGACUUAUCACCCAGGAAGAAGAUGGAAUGGUCUCAUCCACAUAUACGAGGACUCAUCCUUGUUAUCGGCUACAUUUUCAAAUGCCGAUUUUGCGAUUGUGAGAGUAGCGGCUUUGCCUAUAAAUCUGAUGUGUGAUGAACAUCCGCUCGCACUCACAUAUCUGGAGGACAAUGAUUAUUCAGAAUAUCUUCACUGUAACAUAUGUGAGAAAAGAAGAGAUCAAAAUCACUGGUUUUAUCAUUGUGCAAUUUGUGAUUUUUCUGCUCAUCCCCAAUGUGUUCCUCAAAGCCGUCUGUUGAUCAAACCUGGAAGCACGUACAAAGCAGAAGGCCACCACCCGCAUCCUCUUACUUUUGUACGCAAGCCUCAUUAUUAUCUUCGAUGUAGCAAAUGCAGUAAUCUCUGUCAAGAUUUGGCUCUCCAAUGUGCAGACUCUACAUGCAAUUAUACUGUCCACUGGGGAUGUGUAAAGCCCGUUGACUUCGAUCCUGACAAACCAGUUGCGUUUUACAAAACUCAAUCAGAUUGCUAA